CAGAUGGAUGCCAAGGUCACGGUUACCGUUAGCUGGCCCAGGAGUGUGUCCUAUGGUGUACACAUUUGGGCUAAAUGACAAAGCUAGGUGAAAAUCCAGAAGUUCACAGAUGCCAGAGUUAGCUUUCCGUUAGGGAAAUGCUUACAAGAAACUGGACCAGGAUAAAGCAAAGACUAAGGGACAGAAAGAAAGUUUGAGUUGCAUUGUUGCCAUAUUCUGCAGAAUCAGACUUCGGCUUCUGUUCAGCUCUCUUUGGAGCUAAAAACUCCUCAAGUUCCUUCCUGAGAGACAAGAGCAUUUGCACAAACACUAUAAUCUCUGACGAUUUCCAGCAUGGUUCCAUCAAGGUUCUGUGACAAGCCUGCACGAUAAGAUUAUAUCUGUUUGGGUAUUUUAUGUAUGUGUGUAAUCUUGUCACUUGGCUUUGCAACACUGAAAAUUCCCUAAAUAUCCACAGGAAACGAUAAUUCAGCAUUUGGCAGGUCAAGCCAAACGCCUUCCCUUAUUUUCUAUCCUUACCUCCUUCUUUGUCCCACAGUUUAGUUCAAUAAGUUUUAAGUGCCUAAAAUCAUUCUUGGUGAAUAACGCUGGACCACUCCGAGAAUUUGUGGCUGAGAGCUGGACCCUCGUCAUCAGCACGCACUUUGUCACUGAGACAGGGUAACCCAUGGUUACUGAGCUCAGAUCAGUUAAGGGGCAGAGAGCCUCCCCUCCUCACUGCUCUAUAAAAGAGACCCAGCAAAGGGACCCUACCAGCUUCUAGCUCUCAGCCUGGGCGUAGUUUUGGGAAGCAAAGCUUGAGACCUCCAGAGCCCAGCCGACCAGCUGCAGAGGCAAGACCAGCAUGUCGCCUUCCUUCAAACUUCAGUGUCACUUCAUUCUCAUCUUCUUGAUGGCUCUAAGAGGGGACAGCCGGUACCUAGAGCUGCGGGAAGCUGAGGACCACGACCCUCUCCGGUUCCUGGGCGCCAACCUGAAGCGGGAGCUGGCGGGGGAGCCGCUGUACCGCCGCGCGCUGCGGUGCCUGGACAUGCUGAGCCUCCCGGGCCAGUUCACCUUCACCGCCGACCGGCCGCAGCUGCACUGCGCCGCCUUCCUCAUCGGCGAGCCCGAAGAGUUCGUCACCAUCCACUACGACCUGGUCUCCAUCGACUGCCAGGGCGGCGACUUCCUGAAGGUAUUUGAUGGUUGGAUUCUCAAGGGCGAGAAGUUCCCCAGUUCCCAGGAUCAUCCUCUCCCCACAACUGAGCGGUACAUAGAUUUCUGUGACAGUGGUCUUAGCCGAAGGAGCAUCAGAUCCUCCCAGAAUGUGGCCAUGAUCUUCUUCCGGGUUCGUCAACCAGGAAACGGAUUUACAGUAACCAUAAAGACAGAUCCCAACCUCUUUCCCUGCAAUGUCAUUUCCCAGACCCCAAAUGGAAGGUUUACCCUGGUAGUCCCGCACCUGCAUCGAAACUGCAGCUUCUCCAUAAUUUAUCCUGUGGUGAUCAAAAUAUCUGAUCUCACCCUGGGACACUUACAUGGUUUGCAGUCAAAGAACCCCUCAGCAGGUUGUGGGGGAAUAGGAGACUUUGUGGAGCUGUUGGGAGGAACUGGACUGGACCCUUCCAAGAUGAUGCCUUUGGCUGACCUCUGCUAUUCCUUUCACGGCCCUGCCCAGAUGAAAAUUGGCUGUGACAACACGGUGGUGCGCAUGGUCUCCAGCGGAAAGCACGUAAAUCGUGUGACUUUUGAGUACCGCCAGCUGGAGCCAUAUGAACUGGAAAACCCAAAUGGAAACAGUAUCCAAGAAAUCUGUUUGUCUACUCUUUGAAUAACCAACCCCAUGAUUUACAUGCUGCUAGCUAAGUGAGUUUUUCAUGGCUGUUAUAUAUGAUUUUGAUGACCAGCAAGGUAAGAGCCUUUCGAAUCAGUCAGUAUUCCCAGGCUUGGACACACAUUACACAUACACACACACAUAUGUAGACACACGUGGGCGUGCAAGCGUGCAUUUAUUUUUGUACCUUGCUUCUUUUUCAUUUGUAAUGUAUAGAUGACCACAUGGCAGCAGAUAAACCCUCCUUUGCCUUUGGUAGGAAAACAGUUUUCUAUAAUUCUUUGGUAUGCUACAAACCUGCCCUGAUAAGACAAGUGCAGAGCAAUGGGCACUAAAAAAUUGUAUCUCAAGGGAAAAUACGACAAAGAAAUUAAAAUGGCGGUGUUUAGAUUCGUCUUAGAACAGAAAACAAUUAAAUGUCUGUAUACCAAAGUAGUUGUAUCUGUGUAUUUUCUGUAUAUUAUUCUGUUUACAAUAGAUAGUAGUCAUAGCUGUUGUUUAUUGAUUUGUAAUGUCUUGUUGCUAACAAAACUCUGGAGCAUGGAAAAAAUUUUUCCAUCCACAAAUACAAACAUGAAUAAAUACAUCAGAAUGUUGGCGCCUUGA